AUGACUUGUUUAACUUUGAGAUAUUGUUAAGAUCAUUUUAAUGAGAAUUAAGAAUCAUCAAUCGAUGACACAUAUUUUGAUAAAGUUGUAGACCUUUUAGAUGAUAAAGACAUUAAAUUGGCAAUCUGGGUAUUUAAAUAUUUAAUUUCUAAACCCCCAUAUAUUAUAGAGAUGCAUUUGGAUCUGUGA